GGUCCUGCUCAUCUUGACUAUCCCGUAUCAGAAGUCUACGAGGGACCACUCGACAGCACAAAUCGCGUCGAUGACAUCAGAAGUGAACCUCUCAGGAAGCAGGUCAGAGUUUAUCACAGUGGGCUCUCAGAUGAUUUCAGUAUUUCUGAAAAGAGUCGAGUGAAGGAAAUGGAAGAAAGACUUCUUCAAAAGACGUAUACACCCGUGAAACCCUUCACUCGUGAUAUUCAUCCCGGUUACGAAAAUCUUUUGAGUCAAUCUUCAUUGGAAAAGGUUCAGCCUCGAGUUGCCCGGCCAAAGGAUGAUGCCCGUGGUAUAGUAGAUCUUGAUGUUCACUUUAAUGUAAAAUCACAGGACAUAGGUGAGGAGAGAAAAAAUAAGUACGAGGAUGAGCAGGCCAAAGUAACUGACGAGCUCCCUGUGUAUUUGAGCGCAGACACUUUAGAACGAGAUCAGAAACCUGUCGGCUUUUCUGUUUCAAUAAGCGCUCGGCAGCCAGAUGACCGCACUAGUUCUGAGCUAUUCUCUUCUCUUUCGAGAGAAUCGUCGUCGGACAAGCGGUAUUUCCUACGUGAUCAGUCGACAAGGAACGAGCGUGGUCUUAAACAUCGACUUUCUCCUCAUACCUGGACGACAGUAAAGGAACGCACAGAAGUGACUUAUGUGCGAAAACUUCACAUAGAGAGAUCAUUAAGCCCGAGAACUCGUUCACCUCCACGUCCAAGCACCAUUAAAAGAGUCCCAUACCAGCCAGCCGUUGCUGCUGCCCCUGAUCGUGGCUACUCAUGCAGAUCCAGCAACUUCGAUGAGCGUGUUUUGGUUCAUCAUCCCAUUUAUCCUCCCAAUCAGUCACUUUAUCGUAACGGCGGCACAUACGGCAAUGGCGAAUCACGAAACGGCCGUGCUCGCACUUACAGUCCUGUACGCGAAGUAGCAGCCUUUGACCGCACGGAAUGGAUAGAAAAGCAUCCUAGCUACAUUCCACCAAAUCGCCGAGCUGAUGAGAUUUUUACUGUGGGAACACCAUUCAUCAUGGGCCAUGUAGAGCGUGACGACAACGGCUGCGCGUAUCUGAGAUACCAGAGCAGUGGGCUUCAGGAACGUCCUCCAUUACCAGAGCGUAUAGAAGAGCUACCUAUGAUUGAGGAAGGAGCCAUCGAGUGUCGCCGUGCGACAAUAAGAGCGGGCCUGCGUGAUAUGGAUACAGUUGGCCUGGUACAAGAUGAAGAAGAACUAGAACGACGGAGACGUCCGUUACGCCGAGCACGCCAACGCAUGCGCAGCUAUUGCACUAUGCUUUAG